AUGGGAGACUUCUACGUCCGUAACCCUCUGGGCGCGCCCGCUGCCUGGAACUUCUAUCACGCUUCCGACGAGGAAAAGGCCUGGUAUUACAGAGCAUGCAACUUUCUGAACAAUCGCAAGAAUUAUGAUGAGGAUCUGGCUGCAGAAACGAGUCCAGGGAAGAUGCACAUGAAGUCAGUGUUUCUGAAGAGUCUUCCCGUCUCUAUCCACCGACGUCCUCUACCCUAUGCCGUAGAUGGGCAAAGCCGAGGUUACGGCGCUAACGACGACGGAAGCACGACGAUCAUGCAAAAUGCGGGGAAGCACUCUGGAUCCCGUCCUAUACCCACACGUCGAGCUCUCUUCUUCAAUUCUACGCCCUUGCACUUAUCAGCAUCUAUCGAUAUUUACACUGCGAUGGCUUCAAACGAACAACCACCGCUCUCCUUCUGGGAGAGAGCCGACCUCUACCCGGGCCAACUGAGCGCCAUGGGCGCGGCCCUCUACAGCGCCUUCACGGGGGUGUUCCGCGGAAGCUCCGGCAGCAGAGAGUACAAGCUGCACGUCGCGAACGCGGCCGUCCGCAAGCUGGUAACGCGGCUGAGCUCGCGACAGCUGCAAGCCCUCUCCCCGUCCACCGAGCAAGCAUACGAGCUCUUCACGAAGAACAAGGGCCUGCACCCGGAGACCGUGACGCUCGCGCACGGCGCAAAGGGGCACUGGAUCGGGAACCCCAACGCCAAAAAGGUCAUCGUAUACUACCACGGCGGCGGCUUCGCCCUCAGCGGCAGCGACGGCCACUUCGACUUCUAUAGCGGGCUGAUCGAGUCGCUGAACGCGAACGGGCACGACGUGGCGCUGUUCUUCCUGUCGUACGCGUUGACGCCGCACGCCGCGUACCCGACGCAGCUGCGGCAAGCCGUCGAGGCGCUGCGGCACAUCCUGACGCAGACGGGGCGCGCGCCGGGCGACGUGAUCGUCGCCGGCGACUCGGCCGGCGGCAACCUGGCGCUGGCGACGCUGCUGCACCUGACGCAUCCGCACCCGGCGAUCGAGCCGCUGGCCGCCGACACGGCGCCGCUGGCUGGCGUGGUGGCGUUCGCGCCGUGGGUGAACUUCGCGACGGACGGGGCGUCCAUGCAGGCGAACCGGUACAAGGAUGUCAUUCCGCCCGAGGUGCUGGUGUACUGGUCGCGCGAGUACCUCGCGGGCGGGACGAGCGAUGCGUGGAGCGAGCCGAAUACGGCGCCGUUGGAGUGGUGGGAGGGCGCGAAGGCGGAGCAUGUGUUGAUUCUUGCGGGCGAAGACGAGAUCUUGUUCUCGGCGAUUGAUGAUUUUGCGAAGAAGUUCCAGACCGUCGUGCCUAACACGACGUAUGUCGUGGGGUAUGGCGAGACCCAUGUGGCGCCUGUGUAUAGUGGUCGCAUCCUGGGCAAGGAGACGCAGCAGGGACGGGAGCUGCAGAGAUGGUUGGGACCGCGGUUGUAG